AUGUCAUCUAUUUCGGAUAAACAUAUAACAUCUUCAAAAAAUAUUGAUCAGAAUACAUCAACUGAUAAAAAUUGUACUACUUUUGAUUGGCCAUUUCUAUUUGCUCAGCCAUCACCAUCAUCAUUGUCAUUAUUAAACAAUCAUCAAACUACUACACCAUGUAUUGUCAAUUCAACUGCAUCCUGUUUGAAUGGUCUUAGUAGUUUUGCUCAGAAAUCAUUACCAAAUAUAGAAAUGUUAAACUUUCCAAUGAAUAUUAAUUUUUUGCCUUAUUUUGAUGAUCAACAAAAAUUGCAACAAUUACAAAUACAAACAAAACAAAAUGGUAAACAAUGUCAACCGAUUUCAAUGGAACAUCAUACAUUUGCCAAUAAAAUGGAAGAAUAUUUAACUGGUACUAAUGUUAAUGCUUUGAAUAUGAAUAUUUUUAAUGGUUUACAAGAUAUUAAUGUAUGGAAUAAUUUAAGAAUGUUACCUGAUAUGCUUGGUUAUACAAAUCCACCAAUGAGAACAUCUGAAAAUACUUCCAGUGGACUAAGCAUACCAGAUAUACAACAAUUAGCAUUUUUGCAUCAAAUCUAUAGUCAACUAAAUACAGGACAAUCCAGCUGUUCUUUCAAUAUUGAUUCUAUAUCACAAUCGGAUAAAUUACACCCCGAAAUCAAAGAUGCUAAUAAUAAUAAUAAUCUUCCAGGAAAUUAUCAUACAAAUACGAUUUCCUCUUCCUCUCAAAAUGUUAUCAUCGGUUCGACAGAUUUCAAUUCUAAAUCAUUAUCAACAACUCCGCAUUUAACAAACAAUGAGAAUUUAAUUUUAGCCAAUCAAUUAUUGAAUAGUUUUUAUUCUGUUCAAAAUGAAAACCAGAAACAAUCACAACAGCAACAACAACAACAAAAUAACACAUAUUGUUCAGACAAUAUUUCCAACUCAUUCAAAUAUUCCAAUCCAAUACAUUUAAAUAGUACAAUGUCUUCUUCUACGGAUAAAUUAUAUUGUCCCAUUGGAUCAACUAGUCAAAUCCUAUUGAACAAUACUAUGCCUGUAACAAAUCAUAUUAAUUCAUUCAAUGAUAAAACUAGUAGCACAUCUUCUGCAAAUAAUAAUAAUAAUAGUAAUAAUAAUAAUAAUAAUAAUAGUUUGAAUUAUGCUGAAGCUUUAAUGAUUCUAAUGAAUGCUAUGUAUAGUAAUUAUAAAACUAAUCAAACUUCAGCUUCAAAUGAAUUCACCAAUGGUUUACACUUACCACAAACUGAUAUCAUCAAUUACAAUAUGAAUAAUAAUCAACAACAAUUAAUCAAUUCAUCUACUAUGACAAAUACAUGUUGUUUAAAUACAGAAGAACCAAAAGAAUCAUUUAAUGAUGUUCUUAGAUUUUUAAGUCAAUGUUUAAGUAAUUCAUCGAAUCAUAAUGAUAAAACAUUAUCACAUCAACAACCUACUGUUGCAUCUAUGAAUCAACCACAAAAACUAACAGGUCUUUCAUGUACAAAGCCUCCUACUUCAACAACAACAACAACCAAAUUAUCUGGACGACAAAAAGCUACUGCCAAUAAUAAUCAACCAUUAAAUCAAUCAACCACACCGACAACAACUCAUCGUGGCAGAGGUAGACCACCGAAAUUAGCCAAUGCACAAUAUCAAGCACAGAGUAAACAACAACAACAACAUCACAAAGCAAGUCAUUUAACAACCAAUAAUGAGAAACAGCCACAGGCCAACAAUAGAGGAAAUCCAACUGUUAUAUCUGAUAGUAUCUCUCAUCCUGAUCAUAAUUCUUCUCAAACAAAACCAGAACUCAACUUAUCAUCUUCUAAAUCCGAAGGCAUUCCACAUAAUCAUGCUGAUAUGAAUGAUAUGAAAAUGUUCCCAAAUUCGAUCAGCUUCAAUGAAUCCAAAAUUGAAAAAGAAUCAGAUUCACAAGAAAAAAAGUUGUAUAGCACAAUGCCUGGCAAAAAUGAAUCUAGUGUAGAAGAAACUAUCAAUGAUGUGUUGAAAAGUAUUGCGAAUUGUAAAGAUGAUCUAGCAACUUUAGCUAGUUAUUUAGCAUACAAUACACUUGGAAUUAGUUCUACUAGAGAAUGUUGUAAAGAACACACUGAGGUUGAUGACAAUGUUUCACGUAUUGUAAAUAUGAAUACAACUACAGAUUCAACUUGUAGACUAUCAUCUGAUAGAAGUAAUCAAUAUUCUGCAUGCCAUGAUCAAUCAAGUUCACAUGUCCCAAUUAAAUCCGAAUGGAAUCUAGAAGAUGUUAAAGAAAUCGGCAUGUCAGGAGGAGCUUUAUUUCUGAAAGCUGUAGGACAAGAUCGUCAUGAUCAGAAUAAUACUCAAGAGGUAUCUAACACAACUGGAAAUUAUUUCAAUCAAUCUGCAACUACAGAAAUAAAAUUGAAUAAUUGUACAUUGUCAGCACAAUGCAAUUUAAGCACUGUUGUUGAUUCAAAAGCUUGUAUACCACCUCAAACUGGAAGUCAACAAGAGGUUACCUCCUUCCAUGAUACAAAUUAUUCAUUCUGUUCAUCCAAAGAAAGCAUUAUCUCUUCUAUUACUCCAGAAUAUUCAUCUUUUACUUCAAAUAAUUCUAUUAUGGAUUUCAAUCAACUGAAAACAUAUCCAUAUAAUGUUUUUCAAAUUUUACCUAAACCAGAUAUAUGUACAAACACUACAAGAAAUCAAGAAGUCGACGUACAAAAUCAACAUUUCCAUGAAACGACAAAUGAGCCGACAAGUCAUGAAUUAUAUAACAGUACAGCCGAAAAUAUACUUAACUCAGAAAAAGAAUAUUUGAAAAAUUUCUUCAUUAAAUUUGUUCAAUGGCAAGAACAUUUACAAAAAGAAAAAGAUGAAUUGUUAAAGAAAGAAGAAAAACAUUGUAAAGAAAUGAAAAUUCAAGAACUCAUUGAACAAGAAAUAAAGAAACCAGUGGAAGAUCUACGUUUGAUUGAUUCAAAACCAAUACCAAAGCUAGAUCCUAUUCCAGCCAAUAGAAUGACUAGAAAAAUGUUUGGAAAUUGUCUAAUGACUAUUGAAUUCUUACAUGCAUUCUCCGAUGUAUUGUGUAUAGAUCCUGAGAUGAUUCCAAAUAUGGGUGAAUUACAAUCGGCAUUGAUUGAUCGAGAUCCACAAUGUCAACGAUUUCUAGUAUAUUUAAUGAUUGGAUUACUUAAACUUGCUGUUGAAGACCCAGGAUUGCCCAAUUCACGACUAGUUACUCAAUUACUUGGUCAAAGAUUAAAUGAAAUAGAAUUCAAUGAACAAACACUAAGUGUUCUGCUUCGUGCAUUUAUUAUCAGUCGAAAUGGUUAUGAAGAUGACAUGUCCGAUUGGCUUCAUCCACCAAUGCAAUUUGUUCAUCUUACUGGUGAACAACAAGCCGCUUUGUUAGCUUUUAUCUGUGAUGAAUUAAUUUGUUCAAGUCGUCUUAUAUCAACUGAAAUUGAUCGUACAAUUGAACGACAAUCUUUGUUGAAACGUGAAAAAUGGAUUAUUGAUUCGAAAAUACGAAGACUUCGUUUAUUAAUUGCUCAAAAAUUAACAAUCACAGGGAAUUUUAUCAAUCAUCAUACAUCAAUUGAAUAUGAAAAGAAAUCAAUUGACACAGAAUCAACUUCUUAUCAACGGAAUACAUCAUCAAUAAAAGUUACAUCAACACCUAUAAUUAACAAUUCAUUAUCUGAUGAUAAUGAUGAUGAUAAAGAUAAUAAUUGUAAAAUAAGUGAACUUGAAAUUCAAAUUGAAUCAUUAAUUCGAAUUAUAGAACAAAAACAAAAAGAACUUGAUCAAUGUUCAUCAAAAUUAUCUGGAUUAUUUCUUGGACAAGAUAGAUAUUAUAAUAAUUAUUAUGUUUUAAAAUAUAUGGGUGGUAUUUACAUUGAAUCGGACUCUGACGAGACUACUAUUCCAACAACAACUGAAUGCAAUCAUGACUCUGUAACAGUUGAAGAUAAUGACAUUGACAAUAAUUUGUCUAAACUUCCUGAUUCUCAUAUUGAUUACAUUGUAAAUGAGAUAAGAAUACGUCGUGAACUUGCUCAACAACGUCAACUUAAAUUACCUAUCUCUACAGCUAAUGUUUAUCCAUGUCUAAAUAGUCAUGAUCAUUUGAAUAGUGAAAAACUAUCGUUAGAUACUGAAACACACGGUACUGCUUUGAAUCAAACAAAACAAUAUGAUAUAAAUUCUGAAAUUAUAUCAAACAAUAUACAAUUGAAGAACUUUGAUGAUUUAAACAACAAGGAUAUAGCAGAAAAUAUGAUUGAUGAUGUUUGCUCACAAUCUCCGAAUGAUGUUCAUUCUGAUAAUGAGAAAAUGGUAGAAAAUUCUAAUGACUCAUGUUCUAGCAAAGAUCCUUCUGCAGUUGUCAAAUGUGAAUCUCCAACACAUAUAUGUAACAAUGAGUUAAAUGAAUUAUCAACCGAGAAACACCCAGAAAUUACUCUUCCUAAAUGUCCUACAGAGCUUAAUUCAACAAAAGAUGAUCAUGUGAAUUAUCAGUCACCAAUAAUUUGUUCAGAUGAGACAAGUCAACCAUUAAACUCAAACGAUGAUCACAAUUUACACAAAGAGAACAGUACAGAAUCAAAAAAUUAUUCCGAAUUCAAAGUUGACAUUUGUAGUGAAGGUAUUUACGACUCAUCUAUAAACAUUGUACAUCCAGAAAACGUAAAUGAUGUCCACUGCAAAAUAUCACCACCUUCUGUAAUGAAUGAGACUAUGAAUAAUAUAGAUGUCCACGAGAAUGAACAGAGUAUGGAAAAAGAUUGUCAUAAUAAACAUGUAAGUGAUAUUUCUUCAUACAAACAAGAAACUUUCGCAGAUAACACUAAAGUUUACACUGUAGGACAACCAUUAGAUCUAUCAACGAAACCUUUACUAUCAAAUCAAUGUUUCAAUAAACAUUUAUGCCAUGAAAUCAUUUCUAAUCAUUCUAAUUCAGAAAUAAUUAAUGAUUUGGAUGAUUUAACAUUGACUAAAAGUGUUCUAUUAUUUAUGAAUCAUGCUGGAAUCACACCACAAACACCAUCAUCAUCAACACCGUCAUCAGUUGAUAAUAAACUUUAUUCUGAUUCAUUGAUUUCCAUAAUGAAUUAUUGUAAAUAUUUACUUCAUUCAGCUAUUACAGAUGAAUUGACGCAUUCGAAAAAUGUUACAAACUCUGAUUGUAGCAUAGGCAUGAAAUUACCAUUGAAAGAAUCAUUAAUCAAAUUAAAAAAUAUAAUUCCAAUAGAAGUGAAAACAGAAUUUCUUAAUGAUAUCAAAAUGACUAGUGAACAAAAUAAUUGUCACUCUUCUACAAAUCAUAGUCAUCAACAAUUUGAUACAGAUUUAUUAGAUUGUGUUAAUAAUGAAUUAGAAAAUAGGCGAAUUCAAACUGUUAAAGAGAAUUUGUCAUGUUUUAAAUCACAUAAUGAAUAUAGACAAUCCAGUUGGUUUCAACUUGUCGAUAUGAAUAAAUUGAAAGAUUUAUUAAAUGCUUUAACUUUACGUGGAGUUCGAGAGAAACAAUUGGCUAAAUCUAUUCGACGUUCAAAAGAUUUGAUAGAAUUAUCGAUGCAUAUGGCUUUGAAGAGAAAUUCCGACUUCGAAGUUAAAUCUUUACCAUCUGCAAAAUUGAACUCACGACUUAUGCAAACUCGUACUCAUCAUCGGCGAGGCAGAGGUGGUGGCAGAGGUCAUGAGACAACAAAAAUUGGCUUUGGACAUUAUAACACUACAGCUUGCGGUGUGAAUUCUUUACGUGCAAAAUCUUCAAGUACUUUCAUUUCAUCUUUGUCAUGGGAAGGAAUCAAUUUUAAUGAAAGUAAAGAGAUAGAACGUGCCCACUUAUCAACCAAUGAUAUUUUUCCUUCUGAAAUUCUAUGUUCAAGUGAUGAUGGUUCCAGUGAUACUAAUAAUUCACGAACAGUCGACAUGACUUCUGGUUAUCAUAGUUUUCCAGUUACAUCACCAGUGGAUUCAUUUGAAAUUAUCAGUUCUAAGUAUAAAGUUUUUGAUGAUAAAAGUUUGAAGGGUGAGGAUGCUUCAAUAGAAUAUGAGACAUUUAUGAGUGAAUGUCAACUUCUGCAUGAUGUGGAAGCUCUUGAGGAUAAAGUAAUCUAUGCCAGUUUGCAAACUAAAGAAUGGAAGAUUUCAAAUAAAACAUCAGAAGAUGAAACAAUCUCUCUUAUUCCUCGUACUGCAGCCAAAAAAUCACGAUUUGAAUAUUGGCCAUUGGAAUUAGCACGAAAUCGUUUAUUAGACAUUGAACGUCAUUUAGAACGACGUUAUCUACUACCUCCAUUUAAUUCUGAAAUUCAUUUAAAUAUUGUUCCUGAACUAGAAACUACCACUGAUAUGUCAUCUCUCCCGGAAUCAUGUGGUAAUAAUACAGAGUCUACAGACACGAAGUUAGAAACUGAAGGAAAUGGCAAUGAUUUAAAUUGUGAUGAUAAAUAUGAAGUUAACACUGAAGAGUCAUCAAUUCUACGAACUCGUCAUGUUAUCAAUAAACCAUUGAAUUCAAACAAUUCAAUCGAUAAUAAUAACGUUGAUGCCAGUGAUUUCUCACAUGAUACAAAUCAUCUAGAUGAUGAUGAAUUAACCGGUACAUUAUCGUGUGAUAAAACAAAUAACAACACAAUUACUCAAGAUUUAAUAGAUUGGCGCAAUAAUUUAAAUCAUGCCUCAGAUGUUAACACAAUACGUAGUUGUAUGAAUCAACUAGUCUUAGCAAUUGCAUGGGAUAAAUCAAUAAUGAAAGUACUUUGUCAAAUAUGUAGACGUGAUAAUAAUGAAGCUUGUCUGCUACUAUGUGAUGGAUGUGAUCGUGGUUAUCAUACUUAUUGUUUUCGUCCACAAUUAUCUAAUAUACCAAUAGGGGAUUGGUUUUGUUAUGAUUGUUUAUCGAAAGCAACUUCAAAACAUUUGUGUUAUAUAUGCGGUGGUCGAUCAGAAAUUGAUGAAUCUCAACCACCACAACAACAACACCAACCAAUUGACAAUAAUCAUUCAUCCAGUUCAGAAAUGAAACAACUAGCCAUUUGUUAUCAUUGUUCACGAGCUGUACAUACUAGUUGUGCACGACCAACAUUUGUACGUAUACCGAAACGUUGGUAUUGUUCAAAUUGUAUAUUUUUAAAAUAUAUUAAAACAAAAGAUGAACAUUCUAGUGGUCAAUUUUCACAGAAGAAAUCACGUAGAAAACGAAAAAUUCAUGAAGAUGCGAAUGUUGACAUUGACAAUUCAAUGAUGAAAAGGCGUAAAAUCUGUUCCACUUUAAGAUUAGAUCAUUCAUGUUUGAAUUUUUACGAUAGUUCAAGCAUGAGUCAUUUUUCAAAUCCAAGUAAAAAAUAUCAAGGUUGGUGGAGAAAAGUUCGUAAAUAUAGGAAAACUACCGAGAAUAAUGAUAAUGGAAUUAUUACAAUUGCCAAAUCCAAGACUAGAAAACAUAGACCCAGAGUACAUACUGAUUCAGAAGAUAAGAAACGAAAACCUAAUCCCACUGAAGAAUUAAAUCAUUAUACAUUACCUAGAAAACCUGGUCGAAAACCAAAUUAUCAUUUAACUGCAUUACCUACAAAACCGAAACGUCAUUAUCAUCGUCGAUCUAUGUUACUUGUAUCAAAAGAUAAAUCAUCUGAAUCUCAAAAUAGUCCUCCUCGUGGUCGCCGUCGUUGUUGUCGCACUCUAUGUCAAGAAAUAACAAAUAACAAUGAUGACAAAUCUUCUACCAUUGAUUCCUCUGAAUCUAUACAACCUUUAUGUCAAAUUGACCAACCAAUGAAAUCCAAUGAACUUGAAUGGUGUCGAAGAGCCACAGAAGAUUUGCUAAAUCAUGAAGCAUCUUGGGCAUUUCGUAAACCAGUUAAUUUGAAACAAAUUCCUAUUUAUCGAAAAAUAAUUAAACAUCCGAUGGAUUUAUCAACAAUAUGGAGAAAAGUACAAAAUCCUGCAGCAUAUGCCACUUUCAGUAAUUGGGUUAAUGAUGUUCGUCUUAUUUUUUCAAACUGUGAAUUCUUUAAUGAAGAUGACUCAGAAGUUGGACGUGCUGGACAUGUAAUGCGAGCUUAUUUUGAAUCACAUUGGUCUAAAUUUGAUGAGAAUGUGAAUUUAAAUGAUCAUGAAGUAGAUGAUAAAAAGAAACAAAUCACUACCGAUAUUAUUCCAGAGAGAUUUGUGCCAGUUUGUGAAAGUUCCACUGAAACGAAACAUGUCAAUACUGCAUCUGUACAGAAUAGUAGUGAUAUUGACAAAUGAGCAUAAUCUGUAUUGACAAAAUGAGAAGUUUAUAAAAUAAUUAUGAAGACGAUACUUUCGUUUAUUCAAAAAUAUCAUCAAUUAGAGGAAAGGUCUGAUUAUUUAUCAUUCGAAAACUUCAAUUUCCAUCUGCCAUCACCUGUUUAGGUCGUUAUUACUGAUAUUUUCACCUAGAAUUCAGUUAUACAUACUAUUAAUAAUAAUGUCCAUAUUACCCGUGAACGACAUGAUGGUAUGCACCAUUCAGUAACAGAAAACUGAUGUUUGCUUACAAUUUAAAGAUGGUGAUGGCGAAAGAAACUUCUUGUUUUCUCCUUUCUUCAUAUGACCCUGAUUUUACUAUAAAACAGGCCAGGGAACAUUUCUCAUCAACACUUCUUCGCAUUACCUCUACUAAUAUGUCAAUAAAUUGAGAAUUAUUUACGUUCACCUACUCAGUAUGUAUUGUACAUAAAUUUUGUUUAUAUUUCGAAACAAUAAAGUUUUUCAG